AUGCGACCUGCCGCGGGGGGUGAUCAUGGGUACGGAAGAGGAGGACGAGAAAGAGGAAAAGGGGAAGGCGGGGAUCGAGGAGGAGGGAGCGAAGGAGGAGAAGAAGGAAUAGGAGGAGGAGGACGAGGAGGCGGAGGAGGGAGAGAAGCUAGAGACACAAACUCUAGGGAUUGUGGUGGGAGGUUUCAAGGGGAAGAAAUGGGGGAGACGUAUAGAACCGAGGCCGGAGAGAGCGGGCGCAGUGCCGCGUAUCGCAGCAGCAGAGCGCGCCGCGGGAGCGGAGGCGGCGGGAGCGGCGGAGGGAGCGGAGGCGGCGGGAACGGCGGGAACGGCGGGAGCGGAGCGGGGCCAUGCGAGCGGCAGAUGAGUAUGUCUAGCGGGAGCUCCGAGGUGGAGUCGGUGGGGGUCAUGUCGGAACCCGCGCUUCCGCCCAUCCGCGACCUGUCCCCUCUCUCGGCUCGGCGCGCUCUGUCCACGUGUUCGUCCUCCGCCUUCCGCACGUACAUCACGGCGCGCUUCCAGGACGCGCAGUCUCUGGGGCUCAACAGAGCGCCGCCGCCCGCGGAGCACUUGCUGCCCUCCGCCGCGAGCGACGCCAGCGGAAGCGGAGGCGGAGGUGGAGGCGCAGGCGGAACGGCUCAGCUGCUUCCCCGCCUCGUGAUGUCCCGCGCGAGCGCGCAAGAGGGGUCGCGGGAGGAUGGCGCGCGGAGGCUUUCGCUGGACGUGUACGCGACUAGGAGACAGGCCGCAGAAGGCGCCGGUGACAGCGCCAAUCGCGGCGGCGGAGGCGACGGGGAGGUAGGCGCGAUGGGCCUACGAGGCGACGAGCUGUCCGCAAAGGCUGGUCGCUUCACGGGGCACAUGGCGGCGAUUCGCCGCCUGCAGGGCGUGCGGCGGGCAGACCUGGUGGCGGCGCUGCUGUCGGAUAGCAACUGGCCGGCAGGGCUCGCCAUGGACGACCGAGUGAAGCUGGAUCAAUUCGCUGCUCUCUUCCCCUCCCACUCCUACCGCAACUCCCGCUCCUCCCACCCCUCCUCCUCCUCCUCCGCCUCCGCGUCUCUCUCCGCGUCGCUCGUCGCCGGCGUGCCCGUCUUCGCCGUCACCCCCGCCGCGCAAUGCGGCGGGAACGGCAGAUGGGACAAGUUUUCCAACGAGUCGUGUCUGCUGAGCUACUACUUGUUCCUGCAGAUGCUCUUCCUCGACGUCUUCUGGGCGUCGCUCGCCGCCAUCGCCGCCGCCGCCGCCGCCGGGAACGACGCCGCCUUGGGCGACGCCUGGGACGGCGACACGGCUCGCGAACGGCCCGGCACUCCGCGCGACGACGGCUGGCGCAGCCUCACGGCUGCGCCAGGGACACCGAGAGCCCCCGCCACGCCGCGCUCUCCGCUCUUCCCGCCGGCGAGCCCGCGCUCCUCGCACGACCCGUUCCCGGCGUCGCCCAAGCUCUCGCCUUCCGCCGCCGCUUCCGCCGCCGGCCUCGCUCCCAGCGGCCCGGCGCUGCAGCGCUCCGCGGUGCUUGUCCCCCGCAGCAGCUGCCUGGGCAGCCUGGCGAACGCGGCGCCGGGGGAGGGCGAGCGCAACCGGCGGCAGCAGCUGGCGCGGCGCUGGGUGGCCAUGUGUCCGCCAGGGAGCGACGCGGUGGAGGAGGUGGUGGAGAUCGUGUCGCGCGUCAUCACGCGUCUGCGCGCCGAUAUCAUCCUGGAGGCUGCUGCGGCCGCCGCCAACGGCGACGCCGGCGGCGGCGGCGACGCGGGCUGGCGCGGAGGCAACGGGAGCAGCGCGGAUGCGCGGGAGACGGAGGCGGUGCGGCAGAUUCAUAAGCUGGGAUGCGAAGACGUGGAUCGACUGCUGUGGGGGCUUGAACUCGGUCGCUCGAGCCGCGACGGCCAACGCAAAAGCCAUGAAGUGCCCAAAGAGGCUUCCAAGGUCGCUGAACGUAUAGUGAGCGUGCUUAUAGAGGGAGCGAAUGGCGGAAGGGGUGUGCAGGCGGGCGCGCGGGGGGCGGAGGUAGCAGGCGCUUCCGCCUCCGGUUCCGCCUCCGCCGCUGGUGGCGGCGGGAAGGCAGGGUGCAUUGCGCGGAACCCGUCGCAAGGGGAUCUCAAGUCGUCGUCGUUCCUAGCGCUCGCCAUCGGCGCGGCGGCGGGGGGAGCGGCGGAUGCGAAAGACGCGGGGACUCCGCGGGAAAGCGGGAGGUGGCAGCGCGGUCAGGAUGCGGAGCGGAAGCGGGAUCGUCGAGAUGAUCCGUACGGCCGUAUGAACGGGCGGUCCGAAGAAGCAGGAGCUGGUAACCAGUCCCGGAACAGUGGCAGUGCAGCCGGUACGGCUGGGAUGCAGCGAGGCGGACAGGCUGAUGCGUACAGGCGAGGUGAGCAGUACGAUCGGCGGGAUCGAGAAGAGCGGUCGGGGAGGUACGACAGGGGGGACGGCAGGGGGAAGGGAAUGGAGCGCGGCACGUGGGGUGCGGAGGGGGGCCGGAGCGGCAGACUCGGGGAGUCGAGGGGGGACAGGGACGCGGAGGCGCGAAGGUCGGGGGGUGGGCGGGACGAUGCGCCAGAGCGGGGGGGCGGAAAUGACGAUGGUUACCGUUUGGGCGGCGGAAUGGGAGGGGCGGAAGGGAUGGGAGAGAGUGCGGAGCGCGGGAGCAGCGGUCGUUUGAGAGAGGAGAAGCGGGAGACGGAGCGAGAGGCGCGGCAAGAGGCGGAGCGGGGGGAGCUGCAGCGGCGGCAGCAGCAGUGGCGGAAAGGCGACGACCCCGCGGCGCUCAGCGCGGAUCCAUCCAGGCGCUUCGAGAAGACGCUGUUCGGAGGAGGGGGGGAAGGCGGAGCAGGAGGCGGGGAAGGUGGAGCGGGAGGAGCGGGGGUGUCGCGCCUGCGCUCCCUUUCCCCACUGCGCUCCACCUCUCCCCAUCGUCCCGUUUCUCCCGUGUCCCCGUUUCGCGCCGCGUAUACGGCUGCGCCUAUGUCUCCCUAUCGAGCGCCAGAGGCGGCGCUUCCUCCUGCGCCGAUUACGCCGCGCUCGCCCGUGGUUGGCGGAGACUCGACCGCGCGGACUGCGGACGGCGGAAGGUCGGGGAGAGAGCAGCGAUGGCAGGAAAUGGCGCAGAAGGAGAUGAAUCAAAUCUCGCCGGGAAGGUUCCCGCCAGUAUCCCCCCGCGCCGUACCCCCGGGCUCGCCUUACCAGCAACCCUCUGCUGCCUUGCAAUCGCCGCGCGCUGCGCCCAUGUCCCCUCACGCCAACCGCUUCUCCUCCCCGCAUGAACCCGCCUCCCCACGCGCGCCAGUGUCCCCGCUUGCGCCCAACUCCCCUAACAUGGUGACUUCCCCGCUUGCCUCCGCCCCCCCGUCCCCGUACGCGCCAAUGUCCCCCUACGCUGGCGCUGCGCGCGGAGGAGUUUCCCCCGCUUCACCCGCCACUACACUUGCGCCCAACCUAACUCCGCUCAAGCUACCGCCAGGAAGGUCGCUGACGCAGCAGCAGCAGCAGCAGCCGAAUAGCCCAUUAGCAGCAGAGGCCAAGCCUAGCCCUUGGGAAGCCUGGAAACCGCCUGCAAUGACCAUGCCUGAACCGCGCACGCCUACUGCUGCUUCUGCUUCUGCUGGCGGUGCUGGUGCUGCGCCGUUUAGCCCUGUUCCGCGCUACAAUCAACCUGCCGCCUCUCCCAGGUACCCAAGUGCCAGUGCCCCUCGUGAUGCAGGUGUAGGUGGUGGCGGGUACAGGAGCCCGGCCAAUGCGCCGGCUCCUGCCCUGUCCCCAUACCAGCGCAGCGUGUCACCGGUUCCAGGGGCAGCAGCAGCAGCAGCAGCAGGAGGAGGAGGAGGAGGAGCCGUGCCGAUGUCACCUCGGCCCAGCGACAGCAACAAGAGCAGCUCUCUCUACCGGAGCUCGCCCACCCGGCACGAGAGGUUCAAGAUGCUUUACCAGAAACAGAAGCAGCAAAGGCCUGGAGGAGGAGAGAAGGCCGCUGCCAGACCAUCUCCCAGGUACACUCCGUCCCAGGUUCCUCAACCGCCCCAGCAGCAGAUGCUUGCUCGGCAGGACGCCAUUCCUCGCUGUGUCACACCUCCUCGAGAAACCCCAGCCAAGGUGAACAGCUUCCAGCCGUCUCCACUGCUCCUGCCUACUGCACCGGCCGCUCGCUGCCCAUCCCCGCAGUAUGCAUCUCCUGCCGCCCUUUCUGCUGCACUCAAGUCGCCCCAGUCCAGGAGAUUCCAGGUGUCCUCUGUUGAGGCUCCUGCAUCGCCACUCCGCCCAGCAGCUCCGAACCUGCCAGAAUUUGAACCGCUGGAUGCACUGGGUUCCCCCCGGGACAUGCUCCUCCCGCCGCCUGUAUCACCAUUUCAGAAGGGACGCCACGCAGACGUCCGUGACGUUUCUCCUCCUCCUCGAGGUUCCUUGCUGCCCUCGACUCCUCGCAAGCACGUUGAGGAAUACGGUAACGGAGGAGGAGCGGGCGAAGCGAAGCAGUUGAAUGCAUACUCUGCACGCAGAGCUCCUGCCUCUCCUCUGCAAGGUGCUUCUGGGUGGAACAACACUGACCCCCAAUCAGGCAAAGAAUCUCUCUGGGAUGCAGCCGAUAAGGGUGGGGAAGGCAGCCGGACUGCAUCGAGAGUGGAAGCUGACACACACGCGGGAAGACUGUCGCCACUGAGGAGCUCCCGAAGCUGGCGACAGCUCGUUCCAUCCCUUGGGAAGAUUCGAGGGGCUUCACCACGGCGAUUGGCUGAUCCUGAUGAGAUCCCGCCUGUUGAGCCAGAUGUGAAAUUCCAGCAGGUGCAGCAGUGGCUGUGGAGCCAGCCGGAUAACCCUGGUGAGGACGAGGAGGAGGACCACUGGAAAGCACAGGAAAGGACAGCUGAGACAUCCGAGGCUUCUCAAACCUCACCUGGAGAACAGCCCGAAGUAACCAGCACAGGUGCAGGGGGUGGUCACAGAGGCAUGCUUGAUGUGGACGGACGGCGCAGGAGGGGAUUGGAGAUCUCCCGUCCUCUGUAUGAUGUUGAUGAGAGGGAGAAUGAACUUCUUCGUGGAUCACUGAGGGUAUCAGCUAUAAGCACCAGCAAGGUGAUGCAGGACAGGGCUAAUAUUGGGAUUUUCAGUCCUGAUGUUAUAAUGGUGCUCGCCCACCUUCGCGCGGCCGCCGGUGCGAUUCGUCAGAACGGACUUAUUGGAGCGCUGAAGCAAGCUUAUCAUGAAGGAUAUGCCAUGGCUCUCCUAGACGGCAAUCUCUUUGAAACGAAGCGCCGGGCGUUGGGAUCGCGCCUUGUGGGCUUGGACUCGCAUGGCAACAAGUACUACGAGCGCAUGGAUGCACAAAAUGGUCGGCAUCGAUGGGUGGAAUACAAGGAGUCAUGGGGUUACAACGCAUCCACUGUGCCUCCUGAGUGGCAUGGCUGGCUGCACCACAUCACAGAUGACCUACCUGAUAAGAUACUUGCUUUCAAGCCCCGCUAUGGUUUGGAGCACCGAGCCAACUUCACAGGGAAGGGAGAUGCAUUCAUUUACCAUGCGAAGGGCCAUGCCUUGAACCCUAACCAGCGUGAUUGGUCACGUGUCCAGUCCUGGCUUCCCGGCUCUCCUGACGAGCCCACCAUUCCUGCUGCACCAUCAGCCCCUUCAUCCGCUAAGGCGUCAGAUGCACCUUCCAAGUCAGGGUAG